AUGAACUCAGUGAAUGAGAAACACCCGGUUCAGAAAGCCUUCCCUUUCAUCGCCUAUGCAUCAUCUUACGGAUCUUGCGAAGAUGAAAAGGCGAGGAAUCGCAUUUUCGUACGAUCGUACGCUGCACAGAAGCGGAUAUAUCCAGGGACAGAUGUUCUCGACGGUCCGAGUCAAAAAAAUCCCAAAGACACCCGGGGUAUCUUGCAAAACGCACGUCGCUCUGUAACGGCCAUGGAUCCAGUACUCUUACCGCUUUCGAGUGCGUUGAGGCCAAAGGAUUCAUCUGGAUACGAAAUUCAGCCCCCAUCGGACCACUGGGAUCGCUUCAACGAGCGCUCCAGACGGCCAGUCAAGGCGAGCCCAAAAAAACCCAACAAGGUCACAAAAGAAUGUAUUUUUCCGCCGGCCGAGAUUGAAUAUCUUGCAAUGGGUGCAAUGGAUCCUUUCCGAACCUACCCGCUUAGGAACUUACCUCAGGGUACUUUCGAAGAAUGCUUCGAUUACAGUACGACCAGCUGCCAGCCUAUCACUGAUUCUCUGAUUCUGAGCGCUCUGUGUAUGGCCAACAAUAGUUCCAGUGGGGACAUAGUCUCCAAAAACGGGGCAUCAUCGUUUAGGCCGCCGCUGCGCCAGCUACAAUGGCUAGACAUAUACGCAACCGCCUCAUUCAACGCUACGUAUCAUAUGGGUCUAUACCACCUGAUCCAGCUCAGAGGAGGUCUCGAGAGCAUUGAACUCCCCGGUCUUGCUACAAUUAUCUCCUUGUAA